AUGUCUUCCAACGAGAUACAUCAUUUGAUGGAGGGUAAUUGGGAUAAGUAUUGUUGUUGAGGGUUUUAAUAGAUGCUCUUCGAAUUUACGUUUUGAAUGUGAUUUGGGUCAAUGCCUUCAGCCAGAAAUGGUUUACUCUCUUUGCCUUCUGUCUCAUGAGACGACAUGUGCAUGCAGAAGUUCCACAUCGAUAUCGAUGCAGUUUCCGUGUGCAAUGGAAGGUUUUAUCCUAACUGAGGUUUGUUUAGGAAAUACCUCUGACACAACUUUCAUCGAAAAAUUACUGAAUACUCCGAACAGCUCUAGUCCGAUGGGACUAUACUAGUCUCCAGCUGGAGACAAGCGAAGAUGGGAGUCAUGUAGGGUGCCCUUCCACACAAGCAAGUUUGUUGUACUGCAUUCACACGGAGAACCUUUGUGUGCCCUGGGUCGAACGGACUGGUUUGAAGCAGUAGUUACAUAUCUAACAGCAGUUGAUAUUCCAACAUUGAACGUCUCGGCCGCUCGAUGGAAUGUCGCUUCUUGCGACCUUACAUAGGGGACAUAGUGAACGAGGACAUGACAAUCUGUGCUUUAUGAGCAACCAGUGAGAUAGUCUUACGGAUGCCAGCCUUGAUUAAUCAGAGUAUUCCACUCCUACUAGGCAAAAACGAUUUCCGAACACCCGGCCCAGCCACUUAAAAACAUUUCCGGAUAUAUGUAACCAACACAUUUCCAUCCCGUCGUUCAUAACCUACGGCCUAAUUAGACGAUUGAGUACUGAUUUACUGCAAAAGAACAAUCCAUGGCAUAUAACGUGUUCGGUUUCCCAUGGCUGUACCGAAAGGGAUGCUCCGCACACCAUCCUGGAGUCUGAUUUUCGGCUUGCCUUAAUGACGUAGAAAAGCUGCAACCCACCUCAAUUUGCGGUGUCGUUGGAACAUGGGAGAGAAACUUUCUAACGAACAUUGCGUUUACCGGCAGUUGUUUUUCAAUCGAAUCACUCGUUUGUUGCCAGUAAAGCAAACUGUUAGGGUCAUACUGUCUAACACAUUGCAGAUAGAACUACAAGGCGCCGUCUCAGAGACCAGUGGUUACAAAAAAGACCACAUUAAGAGACUGAAAAGUGCAAAUCUCCUGCAUGAGUUUUUUACAAUCCGUUUAUGAGUAUUAUCCUUAGAUGCCCCAUCGAAGAUAAGGCAAAACAAAGAACUUCUGAAAAUCAGCAGUCACGGGCACGGCUGUCAGUAACCGUCAUUCAAUUUGGUUAGUAGGGCAACCACUGUGUACACAGUCUUUCCCGACAUGGUUAAAGCGUGUCUGCAGGGCCUGAGCAGAUCAUCGUUUUCUGCCUCCACAACGAUUGAAUUCUUCCCGGCUAUAAGCGACGUGUUCAUUGCUUUUUCUUGAAGCGGCCCUUAGAAGCAGAAGCACCUUAGAUGCCUAUAAAUCUUACCUUAUUCGGCACUUUUUUUCCUUGUAGGUGAUCCCGAACCCACUGUAGACCCGGAAAGGUUCACAUUGUACGAUAUGCAUUUUUGUCCCUUCUGUCAGCGCGUUCGGUAUACCCUGGACUACCAUGAAAUACCGUAAGGAAGUGGUUUCUCUAUGACGACCACAUACUGUUCCAAGUAUUUUUUUUCAGCCACACGUAACGCACUUUGAUUUUUCUUGUUUAGGAUGUGGCUGCCGCCUGUUUACCUAUUUUAUCCAUCAAUGUUUUGACUUUACAACUUAGAGAUGUGGUGAUUUUUGGUACGGUUUGAAGUACCAAACUUUCGAACAGUCCUGAGUCAUAAUUUAGACGGUAAUGCGAAUGAAUAACAUUCAUCACUCCACAAGACCCAUAAACGCUUUUUAUUGGAUGCAAAUUGUGCCUUGUAUAAAAUAGUGGUUUCAACGACAGUCAUUUGAACAGGUCAGAGGUGAGAUUGUUGUGGGCCAGAGCUCGGAGUGUUGUGGAGUGCCAUUGGACACGGGCGAUUUCUGCUGGCACACCAUCUAUUCUUCUUAUCCUCCGCGAUGGACAAAAUGGAACGCUGCGACAUCAAGAAGGUAGAAGACCGUCGGUUGCUAUUAGCCAUAUCGGGAUUCGAAAAUGCACUGCAGUGUGAAUAUCUGGUCAAGGCAUUUACGUCCAGUUCGAAACUCCGUCUUGUUUGCUUGCGCCCCGAGUCACACACCCUGAAGUCGCCGAGGAUGACAACGGCGAUGAUCUUCGGGGUAACGUCGAUGAGGUUUCUGCCGCGAUAGCUUCUGAACCUUAACACAAGGACGUCCAUGGCCCAAUCAUCAGGAACUUGUACUUGAUACGGCUGCAAGCAUGCUUGAUCUAGCCGGCCUCGAUGAUGUCCCGAACUGUACCUCUCCACGCGAGAGGAUCCGCGGCAGCAGAUCUAGACUGCUCAACCCAUUCCCUUUGCCAACGACGUUGACCGAAUACCCAAGGUCCAAGAACCACUUCCAUGUCUGGACGAACUGUGUCGAGCCGGGUUUUGAACUGACCACCCUUUCGACGGCUCCAGUGGGGCAACGGUGCCGGAUCGACGGCAAUAACACUGAGCUCCUGAGGUGCACGACGAAGAACAUGCCCGAACCACUUCAGUCGUUUUUCAUAGAUGGCCUGAGUUAUCCUUGCGAUGUUGUCGCGGCGAGCGCGUACUGUCUCAUUUGGGACAAAGUCGGUGAACUUCACUUGAAGGAUGGUCCUCAAGUGGUGGUGGUCACGUCGGAUCCAUAGGCAUUUCCGAAUUCUUGGGAAAACCCAGCGGGCAGCAUCAGUUCGGAGACAAUGUCGUCCUUACUCUGUUCAUUAGGCAGCAGCCUCGCCAGAGGUAUUUAAAACUGUCUACCUCUUCAAGUUGACAGCCAUCAAUCCCGAGGGGUGCCUUCUCCCGGUCAGGGAUGCAGCUUGAAAACAUUUUGGUCUUCCCAGCGUUUAAGUAUAAACCGACCGAUUUAGCGACCUCGUUCACCCGUGACACCAUAGACGGUAGGUCACCAAAACUUGAAGCAAUUAGGGCGAUAUCAUCGGCAUAGUCGAGACUAGUCAGUCGAUGUCCGGGUGAAAACUCAACGCCGUCACUCUCGCGUAGGGCCCUCACGAGGAUCCAGUCAGUAGCAUAGUUGAACAGAAUGGUUGAUAGGAUACAACCGUGUCGAACGCCAGACCGAAUACCGAGCGGUUGGGAAAGAUUGUUGCGGAUCAGGACUCCCGCAGUAGUGGAGCGAUAAUAAGCCUUGAUCAUGACGAUGAUUUUUGACGGUACACCAUCUAGCGCCAUUCUCCACCAUAGGAUCAUCAGGAACGACCCCAUCUUGCCACAGUAGCCUUAUGGAGUCAGGGGUCCUAUGUCUCGAAACACGGUUUAUGGACUUCAGGGAAAGCACCGUCGUAUUCGGGUGCCUUGUUGCUGUACAGGCCUUGUAUUACGUCAGAUUUUCUGUCCCUGAGAGGGGUUACUUGGCACUACUUAGACUGAUGAUGAGUAAAACUGAUCUAGAGGACAUCGUUGGUUGUCGAGGUUCACACACCAGCGCUCGGCAUUUGUCGAGUUGUCAGAAAUCAAGCCGUUGCUAAAAAGACGGGCAACUUUGUAGAGUUGUUGAGCGUCACCAAAGUUCUAGACCUGUUCCGCGAGGUUCAAUGCUUCAGCCUAGUAUUUUGCCUGUCGCCUGGUCGAUUUUUUUGUCAUUUUCCGAGGUUGGCGGAAGAAAUAAUCGCCGUGAAACUUAGCUGAAGGCGACUGAGCGGGUAGUUAUAAGGCUCGUUUGCCAAUUCAGUCACUGCAGUACCUCUGGUUGAAUCAAAGAAUUUAGUUAACUAUUCCAUAGUCUGGUGACUCCAAUGAUGACAACUGGCUACUGCCUGCAUAGUCUGUUCGGGUCGUAAAACUGUAUCAGUCUUUUGUGCACAGCUCGGCUGUUGAAUUUUUGCUACACCAAGGAGUCCUGCACGUGACCUUUUGCGUACAACUAAGAAGCGAACCCUCAGGUGGGUGCGAACGGAACGCGGUUCGAGCCCUGAGUGUUACCAGUCUCGGCACGAAACAUCGAUCUGCAAUAGUGAAUCCAAAGUACAAUUCGAACUUUGUUGAUCUGUCUGAUAGAAUAGCUGUUGCCUGGACACUAAGUUAGUUAACGCGCGUGACCGUGCCGGAAGCACCUGUGGAUGACAUAUAGUCGGCCCUGAUCACGGCUAUUCGCCAUUUUCUCACCGAGCCAAGCUCAAGCGGCCAAUGAGGUGGCCGUUUUAAUGAUUACCUGGCUCAGCCUAGCCAUCGCGAUUCCCAGCAUUAGUCAGCAGAUUAUGAUGACGGGGUCGUUAACACUGACGGCCGCGAGUCGAAGGCUUCUUCAUUAGGCCUGUCAGUAACUGCUGUUUAUGGCCACACUGGAAGGCAGAAAUGUUCGCACGAUGACCCUUCGGUCUUGCCUAAGGCUGCCCACCAUUGGCUUCCGCGUAAGUAGUGCAUGGCUCGCUUCUUGCGAAAGACCAAUCUCCACAUCGUUGGUUGCUGGGCGAGGUGCGGGCUGAUCCCUCGGAAUCGAUUUUAUUUGGGCGCCUGAAUGGGUGAUUCGGACUUUGAGCAGGCAGCAGACAUCCACGUUCUACUGCGUGCCGGCAGACUUUGGCGACCAGGAUCCAGAACUGUUCGCACAUCCUGGCAUUCAAUACCAGGAAUCUGUUUCUGACUGAGUAGUCUGACUCUGACACUUCGUCAGCAUCAGUGCACUAGGGUUGCAGAGGCGUUGGUUCCCGCGGACGUCACAGCAUGGGUCGUAAUACUUGAACUCGACAUCUCAUGAGGUUUUCCCUGUGGGUUUUGACUACAGACGGACCCCCCACAGCCACUCAGAUCUUUUGUUGUCUGCUGUGGCGCUUUGGCCCUAGAACCUAGCAGCAAGACAGCAGUGACAAACGGACUUUUUUAAUGGCGGUUUAUGGUUGCUAUGUCACAGUGUCGCAUUGCACUUUCGGAAUUUUAUAGGCCAGUCGAGGUGCCAGACCUCAUCCUUUCGCGACAUGGCAGCGCUGACGCUACUGGUCCGUGAUUGCCUUUUCUCCAAACCAGAGGGCCUGCUUAUUUCGCACUCGGCCCCUUACUAGAGGCCGCUCAAUUGCUCGCCACAUAUGGAUGCGUCGGAUAGCCAACUGCUUGGCUAACGGAUAACCGGCACUUACGGGGCAACCUGUCUGCCCUCCGCGUAAAUGCUCGUUCCACCUACUCCUGGAGGUUAUGUUAGUGACUGUUGUUGCAUACUGUUAACAUAGUUGAUCGUUUCAUCGUAAUCAAUGACGUUUUUUUCCUCUCAGGUACGACCGCAUCUUAAUCAGCCUUGAUUCCAAGCCCAGCUGGUAUCUACGACUGAAUCCGCCGGGGAGGGUUCCGCUACUCUUGUAUCGAAAUGAGAAGCUGAUUCAGUCGAAUGAUAUCAUGAAGUUUAUCGAUCAGUUCAAGGGCGCUGAGGCUUCACUGCUGAGCGUGUGUGGUGAAGAGGGCUUCAAAAAGGCCUUGGACUUGUCGUCUUCCGUAAGUCUACUGACUAAUUUAGGAUGCUUCGGGUGGUGCAAGGCAAUAGGACGUCGUUCCAGAAUAAACCCAAAUUCACCCACUAGCACUUUCUGUCUAGGCAGCAGCGGCAUUCUUUUCGACAUGUACCUGCUCCCCCCCCCCCUCUACCUCCUCCUCCUUCCCCCUUCUCCGGUCGGUGCCAGGUCAAGUUGUCGGAUUCUCUUCACUCACUUCCAGAGUAUGACUCACGCAGCAAUGAUUGCUUACGCCUUCAUAGAACGUACUGACAGAGCACUGGCCGCAGUUUACAUACUAAAUAGGGACGGGUCCUAACGGCUAUAAUUAGGUUUACUUCUGGCGAGAGUUAACCAGUCUAAGGUCCUGGCGAAGGCGCGUUCACCAAUCAGGUUACGGAACAUGCUUCUUUCGUUGCGCCGUAUGGCUCGACCCAGAGCCCACGCCGACAGUCGCAUAGCAACUAGUAAUAUGUGCAGAAAAAGUGUGCAGAGAAAAGUAAGGGAGACUGGGACGGCUAUUUCUGGCUUAUUGACCGUUGUCAGCCAGUCCUGCCCAGUCUCAAGUUCGCAGAACCCUGGGGUUUGAAUCCGGAUUCAUGCGAUACUGACCGGUAAGUUGUUCAACGCCCAACCGCCGAUCAACAGAUUGCUUAUUGCGAUCGGAAUUAUUAAGCGUGAUGGAGGUGCGUCCACUGAUCAGGUUACGGGGCACGUUUGUCUCGUUCCGGGGCCGUACGUUAGACCACUCAGUGCUCAACGACCAGGGAUCCUGAGUUCGAAUUCCACGUCCUCCAAACCCGGUAUUAAGGCCGGUUGAUGACGGCUAUUUAAUCAAAAACGGCCAUCCCAGUUUCCCCUGUCUUUGUGGGCACUCCUUCUGCCUAUAGUUUUUUUCUGACCUUCAUGUAUAGUUUAUUUCGACCCAACUGCGAAAAACGCGGCACUUCGGUGGGUUUCGAACCUAGCUUUCUGUGACGUAGAGAAUCAAUUUAAUUUGAUACAGUAAGCCGAUUGUCCGAACAGGAUUUGGUGAGUAAUCCAUCCAGCAUCCACCAGAUGACUAUCGGGUACUCGCAACCAAUAGGUGUUUUGGCAGAUUUCGAGUAGUUGAUUUUGACAUGAGUGCGCUCGUGCAUAAAAAUCACAACAACGACGUGUUUCCUUGGGAUUUUACUUUUAAACCAAACUCCCAUAAGACUUAUGAAACAUUUAACUACAUUUGUACGUUAUUCAGAUUGCACAUUCCCGCUACAAACUGUGUUACACACCUAACGCAACAAAGGCCGAUGCGGAUACCCUCAAAGCCGCUCUGUCAAAUUUGGACAAGGCCAUUAAGGGCCCCUACCUCAUGGGUGCGUCUGUUUACUGUUUCUUACACAAUACUAUUUUCGUCCGCAACAAUCGACUUAGUUCAUCCCUGUGUUUACCGCCCUCUUGCUCUCCUUAAUGCGACUUUGACGGGUAGCUCCUAUCCUGUUGCCCGGAGCGAAACGGCAUCUCAAGAAAAUGUUUUAAAACUUGGUGUGAAUAGCAGGCAGAGCCUAUGUCCAACCUGGACAGAGUCAAUCAGCAUUGGUAUAUUUUUCCUGUUCCGUCUAUUGUACACGAUCACAUCUUCUCCCUCGGCACUAAACUCCUACCCUGACUUGUCAGUUUUUCGUGACGUGGGUUUCUAGCAAAAGUGAAAACUAACGGACUUCUCCCACUUUCUUUUCCCCCGUACAUUUGUCGUACAGCCCUAUUCAUAGAUGUUUGGCAAUUUUUUGAAUCAUUCAUAUUGACCCAACUAGGAAAAACUCGGUGCCUCGGUGGGAUUCGAGCGCACGCAGUAAGGGGAGGGCCUUAGUACAGCCAACGCUCUAACCUCUUGAGCUACGAGGCCCCACCCAACCUACUGCAACGUCUGGAAUACACCAAAUCGGAUACAGUACGUUGACUGCCCAAGCAGGAUUUCCCAAGUAAUUCACCUAGAAUCCACCAGAUGACUACCAGGCUCACGUGAUUCAUAGGUAAUUUGGCAGAUUUUGAAUAAUUCAUAUUGGCCUAACUGUGAAAAACUCAGCGUUUCGGUGGGAUUCGAACCCACGACAGCAAGGGGAAGGCUUUAGUACAGCCAACGCUCUAACCACUUGAGCUACGAGGCCCCGCCGGACGACGCGAGUUUAAUCACAUUUGGGUCAAGUUACCCGCCCAACGUACUACAACGUCAGGAAUCCACCAAAUGUGAUACAGUAAGUUGACUGCUCAAACAGGAUUUCCUGAGUAAUUCACCUAAAAUCCGGCGGGUCCUCGUAACUCAAGUGCUUAGAGCGUUGGCUGUACUAAAACCUUCCCCUUACUGCGGGGGUUCAAAUCCCGCCGAGCCGCCGAGGCUUUCACAGUUGGGUCAAUAUGAAGUACAGCUUCAUGUCAAAAAGGCAACUCAACCUAAUUUACUGCCCUUUUGGUUUCCAAAGGUGAGAAAGUGAGCCUGGCCGACCUGGCUGUCUUCCCUUUCCUUAAUGGCUGGGACCUGAUGAUGGAGCGAUUGCUGAAGUUGGACGGUGCUUCCGGUGACAGUGUCCAGACGAUCACCUCUCAGUGGCCAAACGUGCUAAAGUAUCGCCAACUUAUGAGCCAGAAACCCUACAUUGUGAAGACCGCCUUCGAGGAUGAUGCCUUCGAGCAAUUCCUAGAUAUUCAAGUCGCGAAAAGAAUAACGGCAAAAUCCUCCUAGUCUGUUGUGUGGGCCUUCCUUUCGCGCCUAGGAACACGUAUUUUUGUUUCCUUAUUUUUUCGAUGUUCUCUUAGUUGAGGUGCCUUUUUCAUCAACCCUUUGGCAACGCUUGUUUUUCCUCGAAGUCAGCGUUUGCAUUAAUUUAAAUGAAUUAAAGUUUUCUAAUGUGCGCAGACCGCCUAUUACUUCGACUCGGACCCCUCUUCUCAUUAAAUGAGUGUAUUAUAAGGGAUCGGAAAACGGAGACUCUGUGGUUUUAGUUGAUGCUCGUGACUGUAUCUGGUGGCACCUCUCACGUAAGCGGAAAGUGUGCUUUUCGGUUCCUUUCUCCGUGUGGCUCCUCUGCGUCAUUCGAGAUCCGGGCGUUCUAUCAGGCAUCUGAUCGGCGCGGACAGUAGUCUGGUGUCUGGGAGUCGGAAAAGAGGGUGAGCCCGGCGACUCAGCGCACUUUCUAUAAACAAUUAGACGCGCUUGAAACCAUCACUGUGCACUAAAAGCCGUGACUUUGAAGGUUGCCAACUGUAAUUCGAACCUAGCAAACAGCCCAGUGUGUUUUUUGUGGGGUAGCCGACUGGCGGACUGAGAGUCAGGCUGCAGUGGCCCCUUAAUGUGACCUCUAUGGCACUCCCACUGUUGGGUGUGGCGGAAUGCCCAGGGACGACCAAGAUUUUAAGCAACAACAUCAGUAUAGGGGGGGGGGACAGGGUCCCGGUGAGCGAAGUGUUUGCCGACAACUCGGUCUGCCACCGGACUCUACACCCCUCCAACUGCCAGUGGGUCGGCGCUUAUUAGGUAAGCUGGGAACGGGUCACCUGGCUAUUAGCACACUAAACCUCUGUGCCUCCUGACGACUGCGAAACGCGAGCACCUCAAUCGCUCUUGCGAAAAUCAAAGGUCAUGUGCGGGGACCCGAUCGUUCGUGGUUCCCACAGACGGGUUGUCCAGCCACUGCGUCUAAUUCACGCGCAAAUCGCCGUCCAGCAGAGCAUGGUGCAAGCGUUGCGCAUCGUGGUUCGUGACGUUCGAACCAUUGUUUAUGCAUAAUGGUGCCCACAACGGGCAAAGCUGUUGAUACCCUCAAUCAAAGCAGUGGUCCGGGCGACUCCCUCCUUCGUACGACUGACAGCCGGGCUAAAUUUUUCUUCUUUAAGGUAGCCACUAUGGCAUUCUCACACAUGUGACAUCCGGGCAGCUACCCACCAGGUUGUGUGGCACGGCGUUCAAGUCACUCCGGAUCUUCCUGACAUUGUUUUGCCAUCGGGUCAAGUUGGGCGCGAGAAGUGAGAGUGCGGAGGGGAUUCGGCAGGUGACUCCUGUUGACAAAACAGAAGGAACAUUGACAGUAUGUUAUUACCAACACAGACAAGGAAGGCAUUCAUCAUCUGGUUGGCGAACGCACCAACUUCCUGCAACAGCUCCUCGAAGCUUCAAUUCGCACAACUCUUAAAUUUCUCCACGAUAGGCGGCACAUGACCUUGCAGAGCGCAUCUUCAUGACAUUUCCUGAAUUAUCGCACCUACUGCAGGACAUUGUUUCCAUGGCAAGUUAUCCCAUCUACUGUAGAUCAGGGUUUUAUAGUAUGCGUACCAUAGGCGUCUCCUGUCUCCACGUCUACAUGUGGUUAUGUCAGACAACAAUGAACAUUUGCUGGUCUUACGGCUUCGUUCCACAGCGCAUUGGUUUGUUCAAUGUGACACUGUUUUGCCCUUGCCCAAUCUGUCAUUACCAAUUACUUCCGCUUACCCAUGGAUGGAUUUUCGAUAAGCGACAAAUCUCACUGCAGGACUAUCUGCGGGCAGCCACGAACUUCAUUUUCUAGUGCUAUUUCCAAUGCCACGCAUCUCUAACGUUUGAGGCAAUUUUCUCCCACAAACUGCACAGAUGACUAUAUUUUCUGCCGAUUGUGUAUAAUUACAUUUAGAAUCUCCAAUGCACUUAUAACGGAACAUCUGUCGCUCGGCCCGUAGCCUUCAAAAAACUGCUGGCGUUCGGGUUGCAGUUCCGCGCUGCCGAGACAUUUUAUCUAUAAGCGAAUAUGCUACUGGCAAAAUUUUAGUAACACGUUUAUUUGACGUUAAAUAGGAAUGCGUCGGAUUCAAUAGGGUCAUCAAAGGCGUUGCCGAUUAACCUAGAUAUACUAUGCGCUACUACUACUACUACUACUACUACUACUACUACUACUACUACUACUACUACUACUACUACUACUACUACUACUACUACUACUACUACUACUACUACUACUACUACUACUACUACUACUACUACUACUACUACUACUACUACUACUACUACUACUACUACUAA